AUUUUAUUUUUCUCAAAUCGUGCCCUUGUGAUUUUGCUUUAGAGGGACCGAAAAGAUCCACGUACUUCGGCUCUCACUACAGGCCAUUCUAUUCAUUUGCUGGCAGUUACAAGCUCGCGUGCUCCUGUUUCCAUUUGCUUCUCGUUAUUCACUGUCAAGAGCUCGCAUCUUUACCGUUGUUUGUGGCAUCCAAAGUUUGGGACGGCAAAAGAAGAACUGCCAUGUCGACGCAUCGUCGUGCUGCUUCUCCGUCAACGGAGACUCGUCUGGAAGCCCUGGAGUCGUCGCUGCUCGUGUUGUCUCAGAAGAUGGAGACAUUGCGGCCUCUGCUGCACCGUGUCCUUGAAAACAGUCAGGCGCUACAGCAGCAGCCGGCCGGAGGAGGAGGGGCAGCAUCAUCCUCGGCGGCCUCCUUUGGGUCGGAGUUCCUGCACGACUUCUUUGCCGAUGACUAUGAUGAGGGAGGCGGUGGUGACUUCUCUGAAGAUUCCCAGGAGAACCAGUGGACGGAGGAAGACUUUGAUGCCAGCCGGCCAGUGGCGCCUUACAUAGGCCGCUUUGUGCGCCGAUGCUGGGAAGCCCGUGGGCGAGCGGUGCGCUGUCGCAAGGCUCGUGCAGCCUACCCCAACCCAAACUUGCCUUUUCUGAAGGUGCCUCGGCUGAACCCCGAGUUCGAGGGCUACAGCCGCUUCCGGGCUAUUGGCUUAGACCGGGUGCGGGACGAAGCAUUCCGCUGCACCCAGUCGUCGGUGAUGGGUGCAGUGGGUGCCCUGGUGGAUCUGCUUGACUGCUGCGAUCGCUCGGGUCCUAACGUUGCCCGACAGGCGGUUGCUGAGCGCACGGGGGCAGCACUGGCCCACCUGGGCCGGGCAUUUGAGUCGCUGUCAGAAGAGCGCCGCCGCUUUGUGCUGAAACGUGUUGCACCCGACCAGCGGCGGCUACUUGACGGGCUUCGUCCGACUAGUGCCAGCGUUGGCGAUGGCGAGCAAUCAACCGAGUUCCUGUUUGGGCCGCGGCUGCGGGACCGUGCUGCCAAGCGAUCGGAACUUGUCAGUCUGCUCCAUUUCCUGCGCGCCCGGGGCCGCCAGCUCCAGGAACAAUACCAGCAGCAGAAUGGCAACGGACAGCGGGGCAGCAGGCGGCGUGCCUCGCGGCGGCGGCCCAGGACUAACUUUGGGGCCCCCAUCAGGCGACGAAGGACAUAAUCACCUGCUCCAUAGCACAGGACAUUGCACACGUCAAUGCGCACUCACCAUGUAUAACAAUAAAGUAUAUAUUGAAUAUU